CUUACAUCCGGGACUUCACAAACUGAAGGCGUGCCUUCCUCUUUAGUAAAAUGCGCAUGUGUGUGUUUGAAAUCUCGGCGGAUGACUUCCACUGGACUCGGCGUAAGAACAUGCAACCUGUAGUGCUGAGGGGAUAUCCAGACCAGGUCCUCUCCGUUGGGAGAGUGACUCUGGGUGAGCAGGCUAGAAAGGCCAUGAAACAGAAGCAGAGGAAGGAGAGCAAGAAGAAGAAGGGGAAGGAGAACAAAGAGAACAAGAAGGAGAAGGAAGAUGAGGAGAAGGAGGCGGAGGAGGAGAACCCGAAGGAGAAGCAGAAGGAAGCCGUCCUUAGGGCAGCCUGUGCCCUGCUGAACACUGGGGGGGGCAUAAUCCAGAUGGAGGCUGAGAAUCAGGACUACAGUUACAGCACCGAUGCUUUGGGUCAGGAUCUGGAGAGAGCUUUGAAAGAACUGGUGAAUCCUGCACGAAUGGAUGAUUUUUUUGAGUUUUCUCAACAGGGCACAGAGUUCCUCAUGUUUGUGAAGUCCUGGUGCUCAUCAAUCAGGCGAGCACGCAUCUGCAGCAUCAGCACUGGCCUCUGUCAAAGAUCUGAAACCUCAGCCGAGCAGGUCUCUUCCAGUGCUGCGAAUGAACUCCUGCAGAAGAAAGAGAGGAAGCUCUCUGAGAAUAGUAAAAUCUAUCAGUUUUAUGAAAGAAACACAGUGAACGCAAAUGAGCUUUUGGACUUUGGAGAGAGUCUGACCGUGGACUUCAAGGACUUUGGGAGUAAAAAUGUAUUAGUUCGACUUAGAGAGUGUCUUCCCAGGUACAUAUCUGCCUUUGCAAACACAGCGGGUGGAUUUUUAUUUAUCGGUGUUAAUGAUGCACGGAGAGUCACCGGAUGCGGCAGAGGUGAAAGUGAGGAGAAACUGGAAACGCGUGUUGCAGAAAUAUGCAGCAAGGCCAUCGCAGUUCAUCAGCACAGCUGCUCAAAAAGCCACAGCUGGUCUGCGGAACACCGUAUUAUCCCAGUUCUGGACAAGAAUGUCACUGAGUCCAGGUCCUAUGUCCUGGCCAUAAAAAUCCCAACUUUCUGCUGUGCUGUCUUUGAAAAAGAUCCAGAUUCUUGGCAGAUUAAAGACUCUCAGUUGAGCCGUCUCACUGCUGACCAGUGGUUGGAAAUGAUGGAAAGCACUGAACCAGUUAUCAAGCUGGCUGGAUCCUUCAAACAGCUCAGUAUAAAAGAUACACCUCCACAGUGUAGAACAGUUUACGGAUUUCAAGGAGAACAUCUGAAACUGCUACAGGACAAACUUUUUCCAGGUAUGGAAAUGAACAAGAUACUAUUCUUUUUAACCAGAAGCUGGGCUGUUGACAUUGGCAGGGUGAGAAACAGCUGUGUCAUCUGUGAUGCCGUGUUAAUCUGCCAGAACUCCCUGCCCUGUCUGUACACGGUCGUGGAAGAAGGCAGCCCGGAUGCAUGGGAAUAUGCGACAUCAACAGCGUUUCACCUCAAGCAGAAGCUGGUGAACGUUGGAGGCUGCUCGGAGAGAGUCUGUGUGGUCCCAAAGCUGGUGCACUGCCGCACUUUGGAGCUGAUCCCCAGAGAGCAGAACAGCCCUGAUGGGGGUGGAGGGAUGUUGUAUCCUGACUGCUACACGCUUGGCUCAGAGGAUCAGAUCAGAUCAGUGCUGCGCUCCUUGGUUAUCGUGCUGCUGAGCUUCACUUCGGCUCUGAGUGAUGAACUCCGGUGCAAGUUCCUAAAUUUGCUCACCAAAGAGCAGUUUGAGUUCCUUCAAACAUAUGAGGACAUCAGAGAGCUCUUCAUUCACGGUUUGCCAGGGACUGCAAAGCCACAACAUGAAGAGCGGCCUGCCGCCUCUGCCCAGUCAGAGUAA